AUGUUUACUUUGAUCACCGAUCACCAUGUUUGGCGACUCGGGCUCAAGGGCCGUUUCCACCCCUCAGUUCCCGCUGUUCCUCCUCCCCAGUCUCAAGAUUCCAUUCAGACGACGCCAGCCUUCGACAUCUGCGGUGUCUACGGCAUCUACAACCUCCAGACACUCCUCGGUCGUCUCUGCGUCCAUCCAGCCUCGUUCACGUUCUCAUCUGCUGCCACCUUCACUCCCUCCUCCUUUGAACGUGACCGCCUCGCCCGCACAGCCCCAGACACCCUCCGGUGCAACACCUGCUCCACCGACGUUGCCUUCGGCGCACAGAUCGUCUCCAAGGGCUUCACGGGGCGCCACGGCCGCGCAUACCUCGUCUCGGCGCCCCUGGCCACCGCCACGCCGUCGUGCCCGUCGUCGCCGACCGCCGCAGCGUCGCCCCUCGCCUCCAAGGAGAAGGAGAGGGAGAGGGAGAGGGACAGCGGCAACCUGAUCAACGUCAGGGUCGGCCGGCCGGAGAACCGCCAGCUGGUGACGGGCGCGCACGUCGUCGCCGACAUCCACUGCGUCGUGUGCGGCGCCAAGCUGGGCUGGAAGUACGUCGACGCCCGCGAGCAGGCGCAGAAGUACAAGGUCGGCAAGUUCAUCCUCGAGACGCAGCGCGUCGUCGCCCACCGCAGCUGGGAGGACGUGCCGGCCGCCGCCGGGGACGGCGACGAGCUCACCUCUGCGCAUUUCUAUGACGCCGAGACGGGAGGUGCGGCGGCGCAGAGGAGGCGAGCUGCUGGUGAGCGGAGGGUGAGCGCUGGCAGCAUCGAGGAGGUGCUGGAGGAGGACGAGGACGCGGACGAGCCGGUUGUGUUCGACUCGGAGGACGAGGAUGAGUGCGAGGACAUCUUUGCCGGCACUUGGGAUGCCGAGGUGGUGGCCAAGAGGCGGAGCCGCAAGGUUGGAUCGCGGAAGAAGGUGGCCGUCUAA